CCGCGAGUCGGCGGACCGCCUCGGUGUGCGCCCCGCCGGCGGCGCGGGCUGAUCGCGGCUGAUCGCCAGAUUCGAGUUCUCGGAGCUCAGGAUGGAGCUGGGGAGGCUGGAGUAUCUGCAGGCCCUCGUCACCGAGUUCCAGGUGACAGACAGCCCAGAGGCCAAGCAGCAGGUGCUGGCCAACCUGGCCAACUUCGCCUACGACCCCAGGAACUACGAGCAUCUGCGGCAGCUCCAGGUGCUGGACCUGUUCCUCGACAUGCUGGCGGAAGACAACGAGACCCUCGUGGAGUUUGCUAUGGGUGGUCUUUGCAACCUGUGCCUGGAUAAAGCUAACAAAGACUAUAUCCUGGAGGCCAGUGGAGUGGAGCCCAUAAUAAACUGCCUCUCCAGCUCCAAUGAAGAGACAGUCAUGUCAGCAGUCACAACCCUGAUGUAUCUGACAACACCACAGUCGUGCCAGCAGACCACGCCUCUCCCAGUGGUGGAGUGCAUGCUUCGCUUCUCUCUCUCGGCCAGCAGAAGGCUAAGCAAUCUGGCAACGGUCUUCCUGGAGGAUUACUGCACACCUCUGCAGGUGGAAGAGGCCAAAAACCUAAGCAAACACACAGCAGUAGGGAUUCCUCUCCCUAAGGACUGAAGCUGUCAGAGCAGCUUGGAGCUGUUGAAACGGGCACCUCCCUGUUUUCUCAGGUCUCCAACUAAUGCUCAGAAGAGUGUCAUGAGAAAAAUAAAGAAGGAAAUCAGACUAGCACUGAAUUUUAGUUACUACUGAGGAGGACAGUACAGCACUGUAGCAGGCCAAGAAUGCAGCUGAAACUGGAAGCAAAUAUUUUAAAUAAAAAAGGUCAUGGCUGUUGGACAGCAGGUUGCUGAGUGCAGCUCAGCAACAGCUUGCAAGUCUAACCCUUUCUAACAGUUACUUUUUCUCCUUGGAUCAUUGUUCAGCUUGUAUCACUUCCAGUUCCGGGCUCAUUUUCCCACAACUUUCCACUGUCAACUCAAAUGACUUUGAAAUGACCCAAACUUCAUUCUUCCUGCAGAAGAAAGGUGUUUCCCUGUCCUGGUAAUUUGCAAUUCUAAGCUGUAUUACUCUCAUUACCACGGGUGAGAAAGGUGCAGGUAGAAAAAGGGUUUAUGGCAUUUGUGUUCACAAGAAAAGCCUUUUCUUAGUAAAACAUUAACUUAACUGUUGUGUAAACAGUUUUGUGUAAGCUCGUAAAUAUUUCUCUACAACACUUGCAGCCCAGCCUCUGCCUGCUCUUACUAAUGCACGUGGGCCGGAAGUUGGAGCCACCUUGCUCUCCUUUCAUUAUCAGCCAAUCAUGCAACUUAAAAGCCAGGGUGGCCAACUGCCUAAAAACAUAAAAUGGUUUGGCCCUUUACCACAGUGCUUCCUGAAAGACAACACUGCGUGCCUGUGAGUUUGAGAGUUUUGCUUCCUCCCCCUUCACCUCAGCUUGAACUAUGCCAUACUGAGCUUAAAAACACAAAAGCCAACUGGGGUGUGACGGCUCCGCCGUGAGCAAGCAGCUCCUCCGUGCACACUGGGCACCUUUUUAGCAGACAGCCUGGCGUGCCCAAACUCAGUAAGUGAAGAUGUAACCACAUCUGCUGCUCAUGGGGCUUGCAAAGGAAAUACAACUUCACUACUUACUUUCCCUCUCCUAGGCCAGGAAACAGGUAGACCUAGUUUCAUGCACCCAGACCACGUUCCCUACCUGCUGUGUGAAGAAAGGCCAUUAGAGCAAAUCCAGUUUGACAGUCAGCACUGAGGGAGGGGCUUCUCCACACCUCACCAGGAAAUUGGGGCAAUUUCAGAGCUCUUCAGGAGUGAGAAGGCAGGCUGGCAGAUGCACAGCAGCUGUGCUGCACGCACCUGAGCUCCCGGCUGGCCCUGCCUUCACACCAGGCGUUCAGUCACCUCUGUCAGUUCAGGCCCUGACUUAGCAGUUCUGCCAUGGAAUCCAAUUUGGUUUUGAGAGGAGAAACUUUCAUUUCCUCUAUUCUGGUAAAACAGAUUGCAUGUAUCAAGCCGCAUUACACACUUCUGAGAAGAGAAAAUUGAUGUUUGACACUUUUCACGUGGAGACAGCAUGUGAUGGUACCCCCCAAUCAGGUGUAUGCACUCUCCUCUUCUGCUCCAUCCCAGCCCCGUUCAGAUUAGGGCAAGACAACUGAGAACUAUGCAGAACCAACUCACAAAAUAAAAUCCACGCAAGAAACAUUGCUUCAAAAUUUCUAUAUUAUUUACUUUAAGCAACAGUCCAGCUUCGUGAAAUUACAACACACACUUUAAAGAAUGAGAUUUUCACCUCAUGGUCAAGCACCAGCAUGAUCAUGCACAGCAUUGAGUCAGUUGUAUAUAAAAAAAAAAAAAAA